ACUAGUUGUGUAUGGCGUUAUAGAAGCUAUGGAGUGGGCCUAGAAUCCUUAAUAUUGUAUAAAUAAAGGAUACUACGGCAAAAGUUCUUUCAAGCCUCUACAUUUAUAUCAAAUUUUAUUUAAUGCUGUGCAUUGACUGACGAUUUAACAAGUUGACAAUGAUGAAAUCAAAGGAGAAGCAUGAAGAACCAGAAGAAUGUAUUGGUUUGGUUGAUAAUAUUCGCCCUAUCAUUGUAAUUCAAGGCAGUAAAGAAUCUGAUUUCAUGCAACAAAACGAUGAAGAGGAUGACCUGGAGCCGGAAAAAAUUGUUUUGGGAGUGGAGGGGAUGACUUGCACGAGUUGUGUCAACAGCAUUGAAGGCAACUUAAAAACACAACCAGGGAUAAUAUCUAUCAAGGUCAGUUUAGAAAAUAAAAACGCAACAGUUGUUUACGACCCUGAGGGAACCAAUCCUGAGCAAAUACGUGAUGCAAUUGACGACAUGGGGUUUGAAGCAUCCCUUCCAGAAGCACAAAAAACUGUGGUGAUUGGGAUUGAAGGGAUGACCUGUCAGUCUUGCGUGAACAACAUCGAGUCCAACCUAAGCCAAAGAGCUGGAGUCAUCUCGAUCUCCGUAAAUCUAGAGAAGAAGAAUGGGACUAUAGUUUACGAUCCCAGUAUUGUGGGCGUAAACGAGCUAUUAGAAGCUAUUGAAGACUCUGGGUUCGAGGCGUCUCUGCCCAGUGAAGAUAGUCAAUUACAGAGCUGUGUUAUAAAAGUAGAAGAUAUUUUGAUAGAAACCAAAGAUUUAGAGAGUAUCAUAUACGCAAUAGAAGGAGUUGAAUUUCUUGACAUUAAUUUAAAAGGGAAAGAAUUAGAGGUAAAAUACAAAAGUACAAAGACUGAUCCAAAAUCAAUUGCACAAAAAGUGGAAGAAGCAGGGUUUAAAGCUACAGUUUUUACUGUUAAUGGUCGUCCACCAUCCCCGGGUAAAAAACAGAAAAAUGAUGAGAAAAAAGAUGCCAAAGUUACCAUAUUCAGUGACGGAGAUCUGAAGAAGUGUUCUCUGCACAUAUCAGGGAUGACUUGUGCAUCCUGUGUGGCAGCCAUUGAGAAACAUUGCUACAAGAAAGUUGCGGGAGUGGAAAGUAUUCUGGUGGCCCUACUGGCAGCCAAAGCAGAUGUGAAGUAUGAUGCCAACUUGGUAAAGCCAGAACAGAUUGCUGCCUCCAUCUCUGAUCUUGGAUUCCCAACGACUGUCCUUGACGAUGAAGGUUUGGGUGUUGGAUCUGCCGAACUUAAGAUUGGAGGGAUGACUUGUGCAUCUUGUGUGAGCAAGAUCGAAACCAACAUAAAGAAAAUCAAAGGAGUGUUAACUGCGGUUGUUUCGCUGACAACACAGAGAGGAAAGUUCACUUACGACCCAGAGUUAACAGGUCCAAGAGACAUCUGUGAGGGUAUCCAGAAACUAGGCUUCACAGCGGAACUACUUACAAACAGAGAGAGAGAAGCCAGAGGCUAUCUGGACCACAGAGCUGAUAUAAACAAAUGGAGAAACUCGUUCCUCUUCUCCCUAAUGUUUGGGGUGACAAGUAUGAUUACCAUGACGUACUACAUGUACAAGAUGCAUGCUGAACACCUAUCACACAAGGAUAUGUGUUGUGUUGUCCCUGGCUUGUCUAUGGAAAACCUCAUCCUGUGGAUACUCUCCACUCCAGUCCAGUUCAUCGGUGGUUACCAAUUUCACGUGCAGGCUUAUCGAGCUCUACGCCAUCAUACGACCAACAUGGACGUCCUGAUCUCCAUGGCUACCAAUAUUUCCUAUAUCUACUCAGUAGCUGUCCUUGCCAUUGCGAUGUUUCUAAAACAGUCCACAAGUCCCCAGACGUUCUUUGACACUCCUCCAAUGCUGUUUGUGUUUAUUUCUCUUGGUCGUUGGCUGGAACAUAUAGCUAAGGGGAAGACUUCGGAAGCCCUGUCAAAGCUGUUGUCACUAAAAGCAACUGAUGCAGUCCUUGUUACUGUGGGAGAAGACUUUAACAUUUUAUCAGAGAAGAUUAUUGCUGUUGAAAUGGUUCAGCGAGGAGACAUACUUAAGGUAGUACCAGGUGCAAAGGUUCCUGUUGAUGGUAAAGUUAUCUUCGGAAAUUCAACAUGUGAUGAAUCCCUUAUUACAGGAGAAUCUAUGCCUGUUGUCAAGAAGAGAGGGAGUGCUGUGAUUGGUGGAUCCAUCAACCAGAAUGGCCUACUCCUGAUGAUCACCACUCACACAGGAGAAUCCAUGACUCUUGCACAGAUAGUAAAACUAGUGGAAGAAGCUCAGACAUCCAAAGCUCCUAUACAAAAGAUAGCUGACAAAAUCGCUGGAUAUUUUGUGCCAACUGUCAUUUCCUUAUCAGCUCUAACUGUUAUUGUUUGGGCUAUUAUUGGUCAUUAUAGGUUCAACUGGCUACCCCUUACGCCAAUGGAUACUGAGGGAUUGAACACAGAAGAGAUCAUCUAUCAGUAUGCAUUCCGUUGUGGAAUCAGUGUUCUGGCUAUAGCCUGUCCCUGUGCCCUAGGAUUGGCUACACCCACAGCCAUCAUGGUGGGAACUGGAGUUGGUGCUACCAACGGAAUUCUGAUCAAAGGGGCCGAACCUCUGGAGAACUCUCACAAGGUAACAUAA